UGAAAGUAAGUGCGCGGCAGACGGUCUUCGCGCGUCGAGCUCUCCGGUUGUGCACGUACGCACCUCUCAGUCUCGGUUGUUGCGAGUCGACGAUUUACGAAUUCGGAUUAACGGAUUAACGGAUUCGAUCGCCGAAAUAUACCCUCCGCGCGUUUUCGCGGCAUCUGUUUGCCCGCGUCGAUAAAUCACGCGCGCUACUGCGUUCCGAGUUUUUGUGUUUAUUCGCGGUUGUUCGCGGAGUUGACGCCUGAAGUUCGCGACUGAAAAAAGAUCAGUUUCCGAGUGUUCCUCUUUUUUGUGAUGUGCGUGAAGCCAGCUACCAGCCGCUACAAGAUGACCACCGUCUGGGCCUGUGUCUUCAUCGUGCUGUGUUCGACGUUUGUUAAAGCGUCAAGACCGAAUCCGAUGAUAGACAUCGAGCCGAAAAGGGAAACAGCUGUCCGGGUUGGUGAGAGUUUGCAGAUUCUAUGCAGAGCCCCACAACCGAUUCGUGUUUGCCGUGUGGAAAUACCUGGCGAGGGUAGCAUAGUGCUGAACGAAGAACCGUCAGAAGACGGCAUCGAGUAUUUCGGCGAAGGUGUCAAGACUGGCCAGUGCGGUGUCCGUAUCGCUAGAGUGAAGGAAGUACACGACGGCAUCUUCAAAUGCUCCCUGACGACUAUCAAUGCCCGACAAGAAGCAACCGCGUCUCUGAAAAUCAUCGUUGCGAGACCACCCAAUAACCCGGAUCUUCGCACGAAUGCUGGAUCUAUUGGCAGAACUAUCUACAGAAAAGGCGAAAAAUUGGAAAUUAGUUGCAGUGCACCGUCUGGACGACCAGCGGCAAAUAUCUCGUUGUUCCUCGACGAUGAGCCGAUCGGCAACGAUGAUAGAACCGUCAUCUACGACACAAAUUUAGACGAUAACUCUUUGGCCAUGCAAAAUGCUACGCGCAGUUUGGAUUGGACUGACAAUGGCAAAACGUUACGAUGCGUGGCCAGUCACAUAGCUCUUGAUAGACCGAAGGAAACUACUAUGCAACUCGAAAUAUACUAUCCACCUCAGCCACAUGCAACGUUCGAACGAUUCGGAUACGUAAUUGGCAGACAGGGAAUUAUCAAUAUUACCAUUUAUGCGAAUCCUAGACCGGGAUUCACAUGGCAAGUGAACCAAGAGAAGAUCAAUGAAGGUCGUCCUGACGAGAGCAAUCGAUUGGAGACUUCAACUGCCGUCGACUUGGGUAAAGGAGCAUGGAGCGUAAUUCUGACGAUCGACAGCGUUCAAAAAUCCGACACGGAGAAGGAGUACAGGUUACUGGCGACCAACAACCAGGGAUCGUACGAAUAUAAUAUCGUUUUGUCGACAUCUUCGGAACCAGCGGGAGCGUUCGGUCACUUCUAUGGUAAGCUCUCCGAACACAUGUACGCACUAGGUGUUGAUUUGGAUGCUGGAUCUAUCAUUGGUAUUGUCGUGGGCGUUCUGGUGCUCGUACUCAUUAUUUUCCUCGUAAUCUUUGCACGCGCGACUGGUCGCUGGUGCUUUGCAGCGAGACGUCGCGGCGACGAGGAGACUGCGGGUGACGUCGGCGCCGGAAGUGAGGCGCACAUCACGCCCGGCGACGAGGAAGACGAGGAUCACGAGGACCCGCGUAUCAUCGACGAGAAAGUGCCGCAGGGGGGCCAAGAGAAUCCGAUACACGCGAGCACCGAAUACGUGAACGGCCGUGCGGACGUCAAGAAGGACGAGAAGACGGACACGCCCGUUAAAAAAAAAAAAAAGAAAAAAAAAGAACAAAAAAGAGAGAAGGAAAGAGACCUUUUCUCUUCUCGCCUCGCUCUUUUCGUCCCUCUACCCUUUCCUUCGAUACAGGGAAAAACCGAGCUGUCGCACUUCUCCACGCCACGCCGGAUUCUUUAGCAGUAACGAUCCAAGUUUCUCUCUGUGCUUUCCGUCUUUUUGUUUGUGAAUAAAGCGCAUGGACGUUUCCCGUUAAAUGUGUGAUCGAAAAGUGAUGAUCGUAAAGUGAGCGCGCGCGCGAGCACGAUAUGCGCUAUUUAUUUCCCAUUUUCUCAUUUAUAGAGUAAGAUAAAAAAAUGUUAAUCCUCUCGUUUUCCUCACACACAGUAAUCGUGUGAACUACGUGUGUAUUAAGAGUAUAUAUAAGAGUGUACACGUAAACUCUAGAAAAUUUAUAUAAAUUUCUGCAAAACGACUUUGUCAUGUAAUUGACUUUGUUUGAAUGUGAUUCUCUGAAAUGCCUAGUAUAAUUGUAUAACAAUUGUGGAAUAGAAAAGAAAGAGGAAGGAAUUUUAAAAGAUUAUAUAUAUAAAUAUAAAAGAAGAAUAUAUUAUAUAAAAUUAAAAGAGAUAUGAAAGAUAUGUACUCCAUUGUAUCACUGUAUUAAUAAUCACUGGGUACUGCAUAUAAAUAUAAGAGUAUAAACAUAAAAGUAAUUUGAAAACGAGAGGAUUAAAAACAGCAUACAUCACUUAUCUCGAUAAUGCUAAGUUAUUAAUAAUCUAAGUAUAUUUAUUUUAGGAGUUAUAAACAGAAAAAUUUUUGAAAUUAAGAAUUUUCGUAACAUAAUAUAUUAGAUAAUAAUAAAAAUGACUAACUUUAAAACAUUAUCUUUCCAUAUAAUUAAACUUUUUUAUAUUUUUUCUUAAGACUUUUUAGUACAUUUUAUUAAACAUUAAAUAUUUUUUUAGAAGAGUCGCUUUUACAAAUCGUAAAAGCUAUUAGACUAAACAUUAUUUUAAUUCUUAUCUUAAUUAAAUAAUUUCGAUGAUAAGUUUUUUGUAUCUAUUAAGGAAUUGAAACUUGCCUUUAAUAUAUAAAUUUCUUCGUAAUUUAUGUCGCGCACGUUUCGCUAAAUGUAUCACGCUUAACAAACAAAAUAAUCGUGAUAUAUAUGUAGGUAACGAUCAUAAAAAGCGCGCGCGCCAAAUCGAUUGACAGCGAGAAUUGUUAUCGAAAUUUCCUGGAAACGAAUUUCUAUUUCAAUCGCGCGUCGCUUUGACAUUUCCUUUGACGGUAAAUCUUCAAAGCCUUCAAGUACGACCGUAGGUGUUCGCGUCGGAGAAGUUUGAUUAUCGAUUCAUCGACUAUAAUGCUCCGAAUCUCCCUUCAUCAAUCGCCAAUAAGAAAAUUAUUCGAUAGAUCCGAUUCUUUCUCGAUACGAGUACGUGUAAAUAGAAAUCGUGAACUCGGAGGCGAACUUAUAUGUAUAAUACUUUGAAGCAAUUGAUUGAUUGAUUAUGCUGAUUUUAAGAAAUAUUUAUAUAUCUUUCAUAAUUUUAAUUUUAUUUCACGAAU